AACAAAAACGACUGGGCCUUGCGAAGCACUCGGCGGGCGAACCAUACAAUGGCUGUUUGCCUUCGGUACUUGCGAACUCAACAUCAAACACUUGGUAGGCAUUACUUUCAUUUCAACUAUUCCACCAAAAAUCCCACAAACAAAGCCGUCCCCCUGCUCUGGGACUACAGGGAAUCCGGUUCCACGGCUCAGGAAGGAGUCACAGUCCAAUUACAUUCAUGGGGUCGCGGCGCCUCCGGCCAACUCGGUGGCGGAAUUGAAGAAAUACGAAUAUAUCCAGCUGCAGUUGCGUCCCUUUUGCUGCCACCUUCAUUUACUCUGUCUUCCCCCAUCCCAGGUCGCCUUUCGGUGUCGGAAUCAUCAGCUGAGAAUGAGAAUGAUGUUGUUAAAGUAGGUAUUUCUUGUGGGCUUUUUCAUUCGGCAUUGCUGGUUAAUGGGCAGCUGUGGAUAUGGGGCAAAGGUGAUGGUGGCCGCCUUGGCCUUGGCCACGAGGAACCCGUAUUUGUUCCUACUUUGAACAGUCAUUUGGGGUCCAAUUUGGUUAAAUGUGUUGCUCUCGGUGGCGUGCAUUCGGUUGUUCUCAAUUCUCUUGGGCAAGUUUUUACUUGGGGCUAUGGUGGCUUUGGUGCUCUUGGACAUUCUGUUUAUCACAGGGAGCUGCUCCCUAGGUUAGUUGAAGGUCCUUGGACUGGAGAAAUAUAUCAUAUUGCAACAAGCGGGACACAUACAGCUGCUAUAACAAAAUCAGGUGAGCUGUAUAUCUGGGGUCGAGAUGAGGGGGAUGGUCGACUGGGCCUUGGCCCUGGUCGUGGCCCGAAUGAAGCAGGUGGCCUAAGUAUACCCUCUAAAGUAAGAGCACUUCCCAUGCCUGUAGCUGCUGUUUCAUGUGGUGGUUUUUUCACGAUGGCAUUGUCAAAGGAGGGCCGACUUUGGAACUGGGGAGGUUGUUCAAAAGUUUUUCUGUCUGACGGUGAAGAUUUGGGGUUCGCAAAUUACCAAAUCUGGGGAAGCGAAAAAAUCCACCAGCUAAUCCACCAGCUUAUGACCUUUGUGUAUCCUCUGCUGACCUCUUUGCCACCUCCAGUUCAUAUAUGGUCAGCAAAUUCGAAUUAUGAGCUUGGACGAGGUGAUAAGCUUGGUGGUUGGAAACCGCAACCGGUUCCUAGUCUCAAAGAUGUUCGUAUAGUCCAGAUAGCAAGUGGUGGAUAUCAUUCCAUUGCUUUGACUGAUAAAGGAGAAGUAUUUACAUGGGGUCAUGGUGGGCAUGGUCAGUUGGGUCAUUCUAAUAUUCAAAACCAGAAAGUUCCUUUGCGCGUUGAGGCGUUAGCUAAUGAGAAGGUGACCUAUGUUGCUUGUGGGAGCUCAUCAUCAGCAGCUAUAACUGAGUUGGCCUCUUCUUCUACCGGCUGCUUUUUCUCUCUCUGUGGUUGCGUAAGGAGAUUUUGUUCAAGAUGAAGGCAAGUUGUACAUGUGGGGAAAUGCCAAGGAUUGUCAACUAGGGAUUCCUGGACUUCCAGAGGUGCAACCGUCUCCUGUUGAAGUUAAAUUUCUCACCGAGGAUGAUGGGUCAAUGAUUGACAAGGUACUUUCUGUUGCGAUCGGUGCUUCGCAUGCCAUGUGUCUGGUUACAAGGUCAAAUAGCUGAAGAUCAAUAUCCUCUCCAGCAUGCUUCAAGCUCUUUCAUAUGUCAGAAAGCUCGAAGAGGAAUUGCUUGAAAAUUACUAGGAAUUCAUUCGUAGGAAGCAUCAAUUGCAUUCUCUGGGGUGAAGCAAGUAUCAUCCAAAUAUGCCUAGUGCUAACUCUACUUUGGGAUAGUCGCAGAAGAUGCAUGCAUAUUAUGAGAAUGCUUUCUGCCUCUGUUAAGCUAACUUUAGCCUGUCAGACUACAUACAGAGGAGCUACUGGAAUUGCCACGACACUUUGAAAACAGUUACAGCAAUUUUGGUCCUCUUUUAGUCUUUAGAUCUUUAGUGAAGCUAUGAAGACGUUUGGGAAGAUUUGAAUUUCCUAAUGUUGUGUGUAAAGUUUUGGGCAGAAGUGGGAUUUACCAGUGUACGCUAAUACUUGAAUGAAGUUGCACGCUUCCAUUAUCUGGAAAA